AUGGGUGCUGCCUUAUUGGCUGCGAUGUUCCUCCAUGCAUCUACAGUAAUUUACUCAAGUGUCCAUAUCGAACGAAUCGGGUCUGCGUCUGUAUCAAAAAAUUGUGAUAACAAGCCGUGCUAUCAGGGUAAAUGUGAGAAUGAAAAAUGCCGUUGUUUCGCUGGCUGGGGUGGUGUUCAGUGUGAUCGCUGUCAUGGCCGGAACUUGUUGACGGACGAAAAUGAAUUGUUAACAGAUGGUCCACGCAAUUAUAGUUCGUCCUCCCGAUGCAUGUGGAUUAUUAAGGAUGAGAAAAAACGAGGUGCAUUGUUGUUACGGAUUGAUUCACUAGUUACCGAAUGUAGCUGGGAUCAUUUGUACAUAUAUGAUGGAACAGGAACUAGAAGUCACCAGCUGGCUGCAUUCAGUGGUGUUAUCUCUGGUAGAGAGGUAAGUAUCAGAUCUGGAAAGGCGCUUGUUUAUUUCUUCAGUGACCUAGCAUUUAACAUGUCUGGUUUCAACAUCACUUUUGCUUAUGGCAAAUGUUUGAAUAAUUGCACAUCAAACGGAAAGUGUACUGAAGGCAUUUGUGAGUGUUACGAAGGUUAUACGGGAGCGCUGUGUGACACGCUGAUUUGUACUGAUAAAGACAGGAAUAAAACAUCAAAAGCAUGUGGUAUGGCGGGGAUUUGCAGUGCAGAUAAUCGGUGUAGCUGUAACAUGCAUUUCCACGGGGAUCGUUGUCAGGCUUUGACAACACAGUCGGUUUUUGAAACAGUUUUAACAAGUGGGGAUUUUGGAGCUCGUGCAUCACACACAGCCAUACUCGUAAACGACACGAAAAUAUGGGUAAUUGGUGGAGCUCAUUUUACUGGUGUUAAUAAUUCGUUUGUUGCUGUAUAUGAUAUUACAAAGUCAUCAUGGCAUAAAAUUCCAACAAGAAACACUCCGAGAUCACGUUACGAUCACACCGUUGUGAGAUAUAAGAGCACUAUAUAUAUGUUUGGGGGCGUAAUUGAUGAACGUAUAGUGACUAAUGAAUUGUGGAGUUUGGAUCUUGCAACUUUGGAGUGGACUUUGGAAAAUAAUAAUAAUAAUGCAUCAAAUGCUGUGCCAGGUGCCGUUGCUGGCCAUGCUGCACAUUUGAUUGGGGAUGAAAUGUUCGUGUUUUAUGGACAUAGUCCAUAUUUUGGAUACAUGUACAGCAUACAAAAAUAUAAGAUUAGCACCAAGCGAUGGAGUAUUGUUCCAGAUCGUGGUCCUCAUGUGCAAGGAAGAUUUGGUCAUUCUCUUGUUGCAUAUGUUCAUGAGAAAAAAGAAGUCAUCUUAAUCUAUGGUGGUUAUUUGUUGCCUUAUGAAGGUUUCUUGUCACGAGUUAGCAGUACCUUAAUUGAAUAUGUCUGUGACAAUCGAGAAUGUUCGCAUCGAACUCUUUCUUCUGGACACACUCCAGUUUUUCGUCAUUCCGCAUCAUUGAUCAAUGAUUUAAUGAUUAUUGUCGGCGGAAAUGUGCACAAUGAGUCAUCAUCACGCAUUCAGGAAUGUUAUUCUAGUGAUAUUCAAGCAUAUGAUAUUGGGUGUGAUACUUGGUUUACACUAUCAAACAAUAAUUUGCCGUUUUUGCAACGUUAUGGGCAUUCGUCAAUGGUCACAAAGCAUAACAUCUUUGUGAUUGGUGGUUUCAAUGGAGUAAUGUUAUCAGAUGUUGUGAAAUUCACUCCAGCGGAAUGUGGUGGUUUAAAACGACCAGACGAUUGUCGUAACAUGAGAGAAGGUGUGCGCUGCAUUUUCCAUGCUGGGAAAUGCAAGUCUGUGCAGCGCGAUGUAUCAUAUGCUCAUUCAUUUUUAUCCUAUGUGAAAAACGAAGAUCCGAAAGAGGAGCAGAAAUGUCCGAUUAGUUGGAGGAAGGCACCAUCGUGGUGCAGUGAAGAAAAGGACUGUGCAUCGUGUACGGCUGUAGAAGGGUGUAGUUGGUGCCAUUGGAGUCGUGAAUGCGUUUCUGAUAAUUUAUGUAAAGAUCGAACUAACCCAGUAGCGAAAUCUGAUGCUUGUCCAAAGGAUGAAGAGCCUCGACCAUGCUUUUUCGCUGCUGAAUGCUUCGCUUGCAAAAAAUUAAAGCAUUGCAGUUGGUUUCUAAUGAAGGAUUCUAAAUGGAAAUGUGUCAACAGUUAUGAUCUAUCAUUAGAAGGUGAGGCACCACAGCAGCAACAUUCUUAUUCCCAAUCAGAACACACGUCACUACUUGCGUUAAAUGCGCUGAAUCCAUCUUCAAAGAAUGAGUCAUGUCCAGCACCUUGUUGGUUUCAUGACGAUUGUCAAGUUUGUAUAAAGGAGCAGUGCAUGUGGUGUCCAACGACUUCACGUUGUGUUUCAAUGGAUGCCUAUAUGGUCAAUUUUCCAUAUGGACAGUGUCAGUCAUGGGUCACAGCCACGAAUAUAAUCAGUAAUCAACAUGCAUGCCAACUGGAUCCCAUGGAUUGUUCGAAGCAAAAGACGUGUGCAGAAUGUCAACGCGUAGGACCAAAUUGUGGUUGGUGUGACGAUGGUUCUGGGACUGGUUUGGGGAAAUGUCUACCGGGUAGCCUUGAAGCACCCGAUAACGAAUUGUUUUGUCCAAAAGAUGGGAAAUCAAAAUGGUAUUUCACAAAUUGCUCAGCUUGCCAGUGUAAUGGACACAGCAAUUGUACGUUAAGAAGGCGUUCACUUGAAUGGAAUAUCGAAGAACGGAGUUGUACACAAUGUGAUCAUAACACAACUGGUGAACAUUGUCAGUUCUGUGCUGAUGGAUUCUAUGGAGAUCCUCGAAAUGGAGGAAGAUGCGAAGAAUGUUUUUGCAACGGUCAGGCAACAAUGUGCAAUAGAGAAACUGGCGAUUGUUACUGCACUACAAAAGGUGUUACUGGAAAGAACUGUAGUAAAUGUGAGCCCAAAUAUUAUGGGGAUCCUGAAAAUAAUCAGUUGUGCUACUAUGAGUUGACAGUGGAUUUUAUUUUCACAUUUAAGCUUGAUCAGGACGAUCCGAAAGACAAAUAUGUGAACCAGAUCAAUUUCUUCAGCACACCACAUAAGAGAGAUACUGAUGUUCAGUUUACGGUAGUCUGUGAAUCUCCGAAAUCAGAGAAAGCAUUAGUGUCGAUGAGUAUCAACUCAUCACUUUUCGAAGGGCACGCUGGUUCUAAUAAACUGUUAAUGACAAGAACUGUGUGUGAUGAAAAUGGUAUCCGACGUGCAUACAGUGCUAAUGCUGAACCUGGAUUUGUUUUUGGGACUGAUGCUAAUACAACAUUCUUGGUGAAAGUUUACAAUUUUUCCACUCCGAUAAAAAUACAAAUUUCGUUUUCGCAGUCGCCUCCGAUAAACUGGGUCUUAUUUUUUGUGAUAUUCGCUGCGUGUUUUGUUGUACUUCUCGUUGUUGCGGGUUUGUUAUGGAUGAUUAAAUUACGAAUUGAAGUAUUCAGACGAAACCAGAGACGCUAUGAUGAAAUUGAACAAAUGGCUUCACGUCCAUUCGCCUCUGUGAGGCUUGAACUGACUUCUCCACGAGCCAAUUUGAUGGCUACUCCCAUAUCGGUUGAACCAUGCAGUAACUAUCGUUCUGGUGUAUUCACUUUAGCUGUUCGUUUACCAACGGGAGGUCGACAAUUUACACCUCAUGGUACUUCAGGUUUAGCAGUUGCAUCAGCACUGUGUCUGUUAACUCAGGCACAAUUAGGCGUUUUACAAGCAGCAGAAGCAAGUGAUGCCAAUCAUAAUCGUAAAACAACUUUGAUGCGUUACAUUCCAUUUAUUCGUUCCUAG